AUGGCAUCAUCUCCAAAUCCUACUGAUCAGAACUUCAUUGUAGUGGAUUUCCACUACAAUGGUCAGUUUGCACCCAAUCCCUUAGUUUACUUUGAUCCCAACAGAGCAUCAGUGCGAGAUGUUGACUUCAGUGGGUUUGGGUAUGAGCAAUUCAUGGAAUUCCUUCACAAGCUCACCAACUCGAGAAGCAAAGACAUCUAUUUCUGCCUUCCACAAGAGUCUUUAGGUCUUGGAAUUCAUACACUGGUGAACAACGGUGAUUACAAGGAAUUUUUGGAUUUGGCGUAUGCUAAUGACAAGAGAAUGAAUGUAUAUGUGGAUCACCAUAAUGAACCUAUCUUCGACUGGAUUGAGGCUGAGGAAAGUGAAAGUGAAAACGAAGACUUAGAUGAAGAUGAGGAUUCAGUUAUUCAAGAUUCAUAUUCUGUUGAUCAUGAAGAAGAUGAUGCUACCUAUCCAUUUCCAGCAAACAAAACUGCACGUGAUAGAUUUUUAAACAUCCUUUGUGAACCUAUAGAGAGUGAAGAUCAAGAUGAUGAAUACGUGCCACCCCAGUACCCUGUGUAUGAUGAGAGACAGCCAUGGGAUCAGAUGAAACCAAUUAUAGGUAUGCGAUUUUCUAACCCUACUGAGCUUAAACAUAUGUUAAGCAAUUAUGCAGUUGCUAAUGGGUAUGAUCUAUGGUUUGAAAAAAAUGACUCUGAUAGAUUGUUAGUGAAAUGUUGCAAAAAGAAUAAGUCACCAUCUUGCCCUUUCAGACUAUGGGCCUCCUGGAUGGGUAAAGAAAAGACUUUUCAGAUCAAAUCUCUAGUGAAUGAACAUAAUUGUUGUAGGGUGUUUAAGUUUGGGUCAAUUGUAACUUAUAGAUGGAUAGGGAAACAUUUUAUGAGUCAAAUUAUAGAGAACCCCAAAAUGAGUGCAAGGAAGAUGAAAGCUAAAGUGUCAACAACAUUCAACAUAAAUGUGAGUGUGGGGCAAUGCAGAAAUGCAAAGAAAUUUGCAUUACAAGAGAUUGAAGGAAGUUUAAUUGAACAUUAUGGGAGAUUGUGGUCAUAUGGUGAGGAAAUUAUCAGGUCAAAUCCUGGGUCUACUGUGAGAUUGGAUGUAGACAUCAUGCCAGAUUCCACAACUUUGUUUUCUAAGUUUUAUGUGUGUUUCAAAGCUUUAGAGGAAAAAGUUAUUUCAGCUGUUGGGAGAGAUGCAAACAACCACAUUUACCCUUUAGCAUGGGCUGUGGUAUGUGUUGAGAAUAAAGAAACAUGGAAGUGGUUCAUAGAUUUGCUUAUGGAUGACAUUAAUGGUGGUCUUGGUGCAGGCAUUACCCUUCUUUCUGAUGGACACAAGGGGUUAUUACAAGCAGUUAAGGAAAGAUGUCCAGAAGCUGAACAUAGACAAUGUGCUAGACACAUUCUGGCCAAUUUUAAUAAAAGGUUUACUGGUCAACAAUACAUAAAGUUAUUUUGGAGGGCUGUAAGGGCUAGUACUGUGGAGAAGUUCAGAGGUGUAAUGGAGAACAUCAAAUCUAUUGAUACUCAUGCUUAUGAUUACCUUAUAGACAGAGAUCCUACUACCUGGUCUAAGGCAUUCUUUCAAAAGGAAGAGACUGUGAUGCAGUGGAGAAUGGGGAUAUACACUCAAAGAGUUGAAGGAAUGGAAUGGGAUUUGCUUAUAUGUCCAACUAUUAGGAAGCGUAUAGAACAUCUGAAGGUUAAACAGAGAUUGUGGGGAGUUACUCCUUGUGGUUAUCAAAAGUAUGAGGUUAGAUUCACUGAUGUUGCAUAUGGAGUGGAUCUAAUUGCAAAGAAGUGUGCCUGUAGAAUAUGGCAACUUACAGGGAUACCAUGCUUACAUGGAGUGGCAGCAAUAUCUUACUUAAAUCAUGAUGCUGAGGCAUAUGUGUCCCAAUCAUACACUACUGAGGCUUACCUAAAAUGCUACAAAUAUAGCAUUAAUCCUCUCAAUAGUAGUGAAAUGUGGCCAGAUGUUCCAUACCAUAAGCCUUUGCCUCCCAAAAGAAGAAGAUUACCUGGUAGGCCAUCUGUGAAAAGGAAGAGGGAUGCAAUUGAACGAGAGUUGAGUGGAUCAAUACCAAGUUCAUCCAGGGGUAGUGGAGCAGACCCAAGUUUAUCUAGGGGCAAUGAAGGACCACCACCUCCACCACCACCACCUGCGGCCCCCAUGCCAAGAAGAAGGGUCCCAGUUAGUAGAAGUGGAAGAAGGAAAUAUUCUGAACGGAUUAUCAAACAAGCAUUAAGGAGGCAGAUACCUGGGGUUGGGAGCAAUGCAGAUAACCCUUCAGUUAUUGAUUAA